GACUUUUUAUAACCAGCGGACUGAAUGGGGGUGUUUACGCGCGGCUCCGCGAUCCGCUCGCGAGGCUGACGCAACGCUGAGACCCGGCGGCAGCGGCGGCUCACGUGGUCUUUGUUCUACUUCACUAACUGCUCCCUAACACUUUGUUUCGACUCUAAAUGGCCGAGGCUCUUUCCCUGUCUCUUCUGCUCGGGACGCUGCUGUGCGGGCUCCUGCUUCACGCCGUCUCCCAGCAUAGAGUCAGGGAUGAGGAGUCCAAGCAGAAACCCAAUUUCAUCAUCAUCCUGGCAGAUGAUAUCGGCUGGGGUGAUCUGGACGUUAACCAGCCUGACGGGGAUUCAACCAACACGCCGCACCUCAACCUGAUGGCAGCGCAAGGUCUCAGACUGACAGACUUCCAUUCGCCAGCAUCCACCUGCUCCCCAUCCCGCGCCGCCAUCCUGACCGGCCGCUACGGCCUUAGAAACGGCGUGACUCAUAACUUUGCGGUGGACUCUGUGGCCGGUCUGCCUCUCUCCGAGGUCACGUUACCCCAGCUUCUCCAGGAGGCAGGCUAUUACACAGCCAUGCUCGGGAAAUGGCACCUGGGCCACAAUGGGCCGUACAGUCCCGUUAACAGAGGUUUUGACUACUACCUAGGUAUUCCGUACAGUAAUGACAUGGGCUGUACUGAUACACCAGGAUAUAACCUGCCCCAGUGCCUGCCCUGUGACAGGUUCAGGUUAAAGAGGAGUGCACAUGAAGGCUGUUAUUCCAAAGUGGGUCUUCCUCUGAUUGAAAACAGCAGCAUAGUGGAGCAACCGCUGGACUUGUGGACACUUACCGACCGGUACAAGUCUGCUGCCACCACAAUUAUACACAAAGCAAGAGAGCGAGGACAGCCGUACCUGCUCUACAUAGCGCUAGCUCACAUGCAUGUUCCUCUGUCCCCACCACCCCCUUCAGAGCCCUCCUCCGCCACGUAUCAUUCACAUAAUGGCUCCGUUUACACUGCCUGCCUGCGCGAAAUGGACAGUCUGGUUGGGGCAGUAAAAAGAGCUUCGGACGACACAGAAAAAGACAAUACUCUCAUCUGGUUCACUGGUGACAAUGGCCCUUGGGAACAAAAGUGUCAGUACGCAGGAAGUGUGGGACCUUUCACAGGAAAGUGGCAAACCAGCAGAGGGGGAGGUUCAGCCAAGCGGACCACCUGGGAGGGAGGCCACAGGGUGCCGACAGUGGCCUACUGGCCUGGACACAUUCCUGCGAACGCCACCAGCUCUGCCCUGCUGAGUGGUAUGGACAUCUUUCCCACCCUCCUGUCGCUGGCAGGCGUAACUCCCCCCUCAAGCAGACGAUAUGAUGGCAUUGACGCCACAAAUGUCCUUCUGCAGAGUCAACACACCGGUCAUGAGUUUCUCUUCCAUCCUAACAGCGGGGCUGCAGGGAGGUUUGGUGACCUUCAGGCGGUUCGCACUGGGAAACACAAAGCUUUCUACAUGACGGGUGCAGCUGAGUCGUGUGGCGGUGCAACGGGCAAACAUCAGCUCCAUGACCCACCACUGAUAUUCGAUUUAGAGCGUGACAAGUCUGAGGAGACACCCCUGGACGCCAGGACACCUGAGUACAAGGCGAUAGCUGAGCGCGUUGCCCGCAGGAGGGAGGAGCUUUUGUGGGACAUCGCCACCGACGCGUCGGCGUCCACAGCAGACUACAGCGUAGACAAAUCAGCUGCACCCUGCUGUGAUCGAACGCAGGCUGUUUGCCGGUGCCACACACUGGGCUGAGGAGUGUUCCAUUGAAAAAGGGAAGGAUGCAGGAUACUGAAACACCAGGAAGAUUUGACCCUAGGCCAGCAGGGACACAUUGGAAAAUUAGGCUGCUACAAUGUCUCAACAUGUUGGAAAUACUUUGUGUCCAUUGCUCCUGUUUGAAACCAGUGGGUGAGGUUGUCAUACGAGGACAGGAGGGUCCAUGAAGGGGACGGUUUGGUCAGUUACUGUGUUUGCCGACUGGAGGAAACUCGUUCUCGUCAUCCAAGCAAACGGGGCCUUCAGCAAAUUCGUGCUCAGGGAUGACUUCGCCCUUCUGGGCUCCACCAUCCUCAGAGUAGCCUAGGGAGAGAAGAAAGGUUCCAGAGAAACGUUCCACUUUUGGCCACUUCUGUGUAUGAAGUUUUUACGUUCUUAAACGUCUACUUAAAACAACCCAACAACACACAUUUUCCACAGUGCAGCAUCCCCUCUUAACACCAGUCUGCAAACAUCUGGUAACUAAGGAAACCAGCUGCUCGAGGUUUGGGAAAGGAAUGUUGCUGUAUACUUAGGAAUCUAACUGCUACAGUCCAGGGUCCUCUGCAGUCAGGCACAUCAUCACACAGACAAUGUACGAAGUUCCUAGUGCUUAUGUAGAGAGGAAUCAUACCCAUGAGAGUGGUGGAGGAAGGUGGUGUUGAAGGAAGAGCCACAGUGGCAGCAUAUGAUUGACUGGCUGGUUGGGGAGAGACUUCUUCCGAUUUCUCCUCUUCCCUUUGUUCCACCUGCUCGUCACCAGAGUCAAACAUCCUGCAGGACCAAAGUCAGUGAAAUGAACGUAGUCAUUUGUUAGCCUUUACCCUGAAUUUAAACACUGUUAAUAUUGUAAAACAAAUGCAAAGUGAGUGCACAGUAUUUUUGAUAUUAUUGUCAUUUUAUGUCCGUUUUUUUAAAUAUAAAGUUUCUUAUCGGCUCUA